AUGGAUUACAUUUCAAGUUUUGAUAUUCGACUUGCCAAAGAGAUCUAUUAUGCCGGUGAACGAAUCAGUGGCAGUGUUGUGCUGGAGAAUACGGAGAAUAUCAAGAUCAAAGGAAUUCGCGUACUUCUACGGGGAAAAGUUCAUGCUACGUUGAAAGUCGUAAAAUCCGGUGAACGACGAACAAUUAAAGAUGAUCAAUAUGUGCUUGAUGAGAAAUUACUCAUCUGGGGCAAAGAUAAAAACGAUGAAUCGGAGGGAGUUCCAAUUUUGGCUCGCGGUCUCCAUCAGUUUCCAUUUUCGUUCGAUUUGCCUCAGACCACUUUGCCAUGUUCGUUAGAAAGCCGGCACGGUACCAUACGAUAUUAUAUCAAGGUCAUAAUCGACAUCCCGUACGCUUCUUCACCCCAAGGCAUCAAAUAUUUCACAAUUAUUGGUCCACAUUUGGAUUGUAUGGAAGAAAAGUAUCUGAGCGCCUUAUCUGGACAGGAUCGUAAGACGACGUGCUGUUUGUGUUGCAGACGGGGAGCAUUGGCGCUGAGGGUCGUACUUGAUAGGACAGCUUAUGUUUGUGGAGAGAAUAUUCGUGUCCGAGCACAGGUGGAAAAUCGGCAAUCCUCUCAACAGAUGAUCUCGAUUCGACUUAUUCAACAUGUGGAAUUUUUCAUUGAUAAAGGUGUUCUCGGAGAAAGCAAAAUGAUCACAUUAGGAUCAAAUCAAUGGAAUUCGCUUUUCUUAUCUAUGACCUAUCUUUUCUCUUUUCUCAGCAAUGAAAGCUUACAUCUUGAAUUUCCAUUGACAGUUGCUACUGUUCCCUAUCGGAUACCGAACGCACCUCACCCUCCAAUGGAGUACGAGUUUUGCGCAAAUCAUGUCGAAGGAGGGAAAUACGUAUCACCAGAAUUCAGACUAGGUCAGGUCUAUGAUGGAGAAGGAGAUCUUGAAGAAAGAGAGGAAGAAGUGGUUCUCUAUCGUCCAGUCUAUGCGAAACUAGCUGAAAGACGAUUGACAUCUCCAUCAGCUGGCAAAGACUUCCGAUCUGUGCUAAGUGGGUUGGGGGGUGCCACGCGGCGGCGCGGCACUUUUCUUGUCUGGCGGUCUCCCCAGCGAAAUAGUAGUCUGGGCCUGAGUCUGGGAAUUGAUGGUGAGGUUGUACUGAUGUGUUGCGUGCUUUAG